UUAGAAACCUCCUCAUCACACUACCUCACCAAUAAAACCUACUCUUUUUACUUCAUCAACACAACAAAUUAAACACCUCUCUCUCUCUCUCUCUUACAGAUCAAAAAACAACCAUGUUUAGAGCUCUGAGCAUACGGAGGCGGGGCUACGAGCAGCUGGACGAAGGAGGUGAGCCGUCGCCAUCAGCCACUUUGAUGCCAAAGUUGAGCCGUGCAAAAAGUGUGCCUAUAAAAAUGAUGAAUUCUCCAAAAAGGGUACCCACGCCGGCGCAAGAAGCCAACAAGGCAAGCAAAGUUCACCCCUUUUUUAGUAUGUUUGAGACGAAACGGAGGAAGAAGGCCACGAUGAAGCCGGAGUUUUCCCGGUAUUUGGAGUAUCUCAAGGAAGGAGGAGCAUGGGACAUGGCUGCAAAUAGGCCUGUUAUGUAUUAUAAAUAAAAACUUUACUAAUGUUUUUUAAUUAGCUUUGGGAUAUAUGUUUAAUUAAGAGCACUCUCAUAAAUUUUUGAGUGCAAUCACAUGUGUUAUGUAAUAUUAAUUGUAUUUCAAAUUUUUGGAGGUGAUUAAUAUUGCCACAA